UGACGAGGGCCAUGCACUGAUCGCUCACUUCUCACUUUGCAUAUAAUUGCCUUGGUUCGGUUCGGUUCGAUUUUGCUCGCGCGCUAUUAAUGGCACUUUGUCUUUGGUUCGCACCUUAUCUCCUUCCGGAGCUUUCCUCUCGGAGGGCUAAUGGUCGAGUCCAUUGUUCUGCGAGCACGCAGGUCACUGCUCCUCGGGAAGGGCGAAGAUCGGCCAAUUACCAGCCAUCCGUCUGGACUUACAAUUACCUUCAGUCCCUUGUCGCCGGUGAAGGUCGUCCAUCUCGUCGCGAGGUUGAGCUACAGAAAGAAAAGGAACAGAUGUUGGAAGAAGAAGUCAGAGGUGCUCUCAAUGACGGAAAUGCCAAACCCUUGACCAUAUUUUCUCUGGUCGACGACAUCGAACGCUUAGGACUGGGAUAUCACUUUGAGGAAGACAUCUCGAGAGCUCUUCGCAGAUGUCUCUCGCCGGGUGCGGUCCAUAAGAGCCUAGACAAGUCGCUGCACGGCGUAGCUCUCAGCUUUCGGAUCCUUAGACAGCACGGCUUUGAAGUUUCUCAAGAUGUUUUCAAGAUUUUCAUGGAUGAAAGCGGCAGUUUUAUGAAGACCCUCGGUGGCGAUGUCCAAGGUAUGCUGAGUCUAUACGAAGCCUCCCAUCUGGCCUUCGAAGGAGAAGACAUCUUGCAGAAGGCUAGAACAUUCGCCAUCGAGCAUCUCCAAAGCCUUGAUCCCCACGUUAGCAAAGAUCUUCAAGACCAAGUGAUCCAUGAAUUGGAACUACCUCUGCACCGUAGAAUGCCAUUGCUAGAAGCUCGACGGUCCAUUGAAGCUUACAGCAGACGGGGACACACGAAUCUCCUCGAACUUGCCGCGACGGAAUUCAACACUUCGCAAUCAAUCCUCCAAAAAGAUCUUCGGGAAAUGUUAGGAUGGUGGAAUACCGUUGGCCUUGCGAAAAGGUUGAGCUUCGCGAGGGAUAGACUAAUGGAGUGCUUCUUUUGGGCAGUCGGAAUAGCAAAGGAGGCUCCGCUCAGUAAUUGCCGGAAAGCGGUGACCAAAGCGUUCGCACUGAUCCUUGUCCUUGAUGAUGUGUACGACGUUUUCGGCACAUUGGACGAACUGGAGCUAUUCACAGACGCUGUUCGCAGAUGGGACCUCGAUGCUGUGGAAGAUCUUCCUGCCUACAUGAAGCUGUGCUACUUAGUUCUCUACAACAGCGUGAACGAGAUGGCUUACGACACUCUCAAGGAGACCGGGGAAAACGUCAUCCCAUAUCUAGCCAAAGUGUGGUAUGACUUGUGCAAAGCCUUCUUGCAAGAAGCAAAAUGGAGUAACAACAAGAUCGUCCCUGGAGUCGAAGAGUACUUGAACAAUGGGUGGGUAUCAUCCUCAGGGCAGGUCAUGUUGACUCAUGCCUACUUCUUAUCUAGCCCAGGCAUGAGGAAGGAGGAAGUUGAAGCCCUAGAACAGUACCAUGACCUCUUGCGGUUGCCGUCCUUGAUUUUCCGUCUUACAAACGAUAUUGCUUCCUCAUCGGCUGAGCUAGAGAGGGGAGAGACGACGAACUCGAUACGGUGCUACAUGCAAGAGAAGGGCAUCUCCGAGGUGGAGGCUCGCAAGUGCGUUACAGAACAGAUCGACACGGCGUGGAAGAAGAUGAACAAGUAUUUGGUCGAUCGCUCGAUUUUCAAUCGACCUUUCGUGCGGAUGGCCUAUAACCUUGCCCGGAUGGCGCAUUGUGUGUACCAGGACGGAGAUGCGAUCGGAGCUCCGGACGAUCAGUCGUGGACCCGCGUGCACUCCUUGAUAAUCGAACCCGUGUCUCUCUCGCCAUGACAAAAAUGUCUACAUUAGUCUUGCAAAAAAUCAUUUCCUCCCGUUGGUGAAGGAAAAUAGACGUAUGUAAACUACGACAUAUGAGAAAAGUAUUGGGUAGACCGGAUGUAAUGUGCCCCGGUUCAUUUAAACGGUCGGGUCCGGCGAGUCCAUUAAUAAAGUAGGUGGUUCCUACUAUACUAAAUGA